AUGGCCAACAACGACGAAUACGACUUUUUGUUCAAGGUGGUGCUCAUAGGAGACUCCGGUGUAGGAAAGUCCAACCUGCUCUCGCGAUUCACCCGCAACGAGUUCAAUCUGGACAGCAAGUCCACCAUCGGCGUCGAGUUCGCCACGCGCAGCAUUCAGGUCGACAACAAGACGAUCAAGGCGCAGAUUUGGGAUACCGCUGGUCAGGAGCGUUACCGCGCCAUCACAUCGGCCUACUAUCGCGGUGCCGUCGGCGCGCUGCUCGUCUAUGACAUCUCCAAGCAACAGACGUACGAGAACGUCACGCGGUGGCUGAAGGAGCUACGGGAUCAUGCCGACACCAACAUUGUGAUCAUGCUCUGCGGUAACAAGUCCGAUUUGCGACACCUGAGGGCGGUGUCCACCGAAGACGCCAAGACCUUCGCCAGCGAGAACGGCCUAUCCUUCAUCGAGACGUCUGCAUUGGACGCCUCGAACGUCGAGCUUGCAUUCCAGCAGGAACUGGCAGAAAUCUACCGCAUCGUCAGCAGCAAAGCACUCGACCAAGGCGAGGCCGGACCCGGUCCAGGCCAGGGUAGCGCAAUUCCUCUUGGACCUUCAAACGGCCCCACCGACAAGGCCAAGUCUGGACAAUGCUGUUAA